AUGCGCUUCUCUGCCUUGGCGCUUCUCUCAACCCUCGCCGCCCUCCCCGCCGUCCUCGGCUAUGGCCAAACUCUCGAAGAAGCCGGCAUCGUCGCACGCCGUCUCGUCCGCGAAGAAGGUCUCGCGAACUUGAUGUCGGUAUGGCAACCCGAAGUCAACCAAACUUUGGAGGGUGCGCCGAUGGGACUCAUGACGUAUAUCGCGGACUGCGAUGGUGACGGAAACCCGAGUUUGUUGAUCAUGAACCUCGAGCCAGCCUACCGAAACUGGGCUCACGGCUCCUCCCUCACCCUCUCCAUCCGUGAACACCCGCAGCACCCUGUCUACUCCCUCGCUGCUGGUCCCAGAAUGAACCUCUUUGGUAACAUCACCGAAAUCACCACACCCUCCGAAAACAAACGUAUCGAAUCCUGCUUCCUGGACGCACAUCCUGAUGCGGUUGAGUGGAUUCCGAGCGCGGGUGUGCAUUUUGGGAAGUGGUAUACGUUUGAGAUUGAGAAGAUUUACUUUUUCGGUGGGUUUGGGAAUGUUUCGUAUAUUGGGUUUUUGCCGAUGGAGUAUUUCAGGAAUGCGACCGAGGAUGUUGAAGUUGUUGAGGGAGCCGCGGGCGAUAAAACUUGGAAGGAAUGGAGCAGCUGGGCGCAGAAUGGCCUGGAAGACAAGCUGUCCCUAUUCUCGUUGCUCAAUUUCGAAUCCAAUCACUUUGAUAACUCGAGACUCAUACAAGUCCAAUUUUGCCGACUAACUUUACGCUUCGACGUCAUUUUUUUAAACCACAGAUCAAUCGCAACCAAGAUGAACCAGCAAUACUACCAGCAGGGCCAACAGUACCCAGGCUACGGCCAGGUCCCACAACAAAUGCAAGCACCCAUACAACAACAGCAGCCGCAAGAGAAGCACCAUCACCAUCUUGGGCAGAAGGCUGGUGGGGUUGGGAAAGCGCUCAUGAAUGCGGCUGUGUGGGGAUUCGGUGCAACGCUCGGAGCUGAUGCUGCGAAUGGGGUCUUCAAUGGGAUUAAGGAGGAGUGGCAUAAUCAUUGA